GAAUCUCGCUAUUUUAUGUCCGAAGAUCACUCAUUAGCCUGCUUUUGUGUCAUGUAUUCGUCUGUCAAAUUUUUUCCCCCGAGUUUGAACUGUGAAAUUUUUAAUAACUGUAGUUUUGUAUGUUAACGUUAAGUAGAUUUUUAUUGAAAUGGUGAACAUUGGUAUGAUUGAACUAUCCUAUCCCCUUCACUGGCUAGUUUGGAACAACAAGUACGAUGAACUCGACAAAGAGCUAUCGAGCAAAUUGCAUGAUAAAGAGAAAUGCGAUAACAGGGGUAGAACGCCUCUCAUGCUUGCGGUAACUCUAGGUCAUGCGGAAGCUGCCAGAAUACUAUUGCAUCAUCAAGCAAAUGUAAAUACGGAGAACACGCAAGGUUGGAGCGUUGUCCAAGAAGCCGUUGGGACUGGUGAUCCGGAGCUUCUACAGAUGGUUCUCGAACGUCGGGACUACCAACGAUACACGAAUCGAGUCGCUGGAAUUCCUGAGCUGCUUCACAAGCUCAAACAGGCACCUGAUUUUUACGUCGAGAUGAAGUGGGAGUUCACCAGUUGGGUGCCUCUGGUUUCACGGAUGUGUCCUAGUGAUACAUACAAGGUUUAUAAGCAGGGCAGCAAUGUUCGGAUCGACACGACUUUACUGGGUUUUGACCACACUAAUUGGCAGCGUGGAAAUCGUAGUUACGUAUUCAAGGGUCAAAAUGACGGUGCGACAAUGAUGGAGGUGGAUCAUGAGACGAAAAAAGUAUACGUUGAGCACAUGAAACUCGUCAGCGAAGAUCACGAGCAAAUGAUACUGCCCUCGGAAGAAAGUAUAAUUGCACGACUCACAAAUCCUAUAGUAACAACGUAUAUCGACACUGAAAAAAUCAGCUUUGAAAGGAAUAAAGCAGGCUUGUGGGGAUGGAGAUCUGACAAAAGUGAAGCAGUUAAUGGUCACGAGUGCAAGGUAUUCAGUGCAAGUAAUGUGGAAUUGAUAACCAAAACACGUUUGGAACAUUUGUCCGAAUCAGACAGAGCCAGAGCCCGCGCUCCACGCACACCUCUUCAAUCGUUUUUAGGGAUUGCGGAGCAACAGCAAGAAAAUACCAACAAUACAGCUAGUGUAAUUGAAGAAUUUCUCAACGUAGGUAAUCCUUGUAAUAUUACACCGGAAGAAUAUUUCGAUCCAGACGUUGAUUUGAAUGGAAAAGAUAUUGGAAGGCCAAAGGAAGUCAACACAAAAAUACAAAAAUUCAAGGCAACUCUAUGGCUUAGUGAAGAGUAUCCUCUGAGCUUGCAGGAGCAGAUAAUGCCUAUUGUAGACUUGAUGGCGAUAUCGAGUUCCCACUUCGCCAAGUUGAAGGACUUCAUUCAAAUGCAACUACCAGCUGGUUUUCCCGUAAAAAUUGAAAUUCCACUAUUUCACGUAUUGAACGCGAGAAUAACGUUUGGGAAUAUCUUUGGACUGGAUCAAGAAGUCGCUCACGUUGGACGAGUACAAGAUGGCAAUAAAAUUACUUGCGUAGUCGACGACGUAUGCUUCGAAGCUCCGCCGGGAUAUACUAAACUAGGAGCAGAUGUGAGGCGCCAAUUCAGUAUUGAAGAAGAAGACGAUCUAUUGCAGUUUGCGAUACAACAAAGUCUUAUCGAAGCUGGUAGCGAACGUGACGAGGUAGACAUAUGGGAGGCUCUCAGAGCACAAAAACCAUCGAGACCAACAACCCCUAAUAUUACUAGCGAAGAGGAGAGGCAACUCCAGAGGGCUAUCCAAGCGAGCCUGGCACUUUAUCAAGAGACAGUCGGUGAGUGUGAUAUCGAUGACGUCAAUUUAGCUUCGAAUCGUGGGACGGAAAGAAAUGCGAUGGAAGAAAGUUGCGAAACGCUCGAAGGUCCGGCUGAACAACUCAGAUUAGCAUUACGACUCUCAGAACAACAACAAUUGGAGGAAGAACAACGUCGUCUUUUAGAAGAAGAGACGUUUCAACAAGUUCUCGAACUUUCCCUAACCGAUAAGUGAACCUUAAAUAAAAUUCGUACCAUCGGUAUAAUUAAUAAUCAGUACUAACUGUACUCUGAAAGUUUAAGGGAGAGAAGAGAGUAAAAAGAAUAAAGAAAAAGUCUCACAAUUUUUACGGUAGACGGGGCUAUAUGAGUAAUAAUAAUAAUUUCUUAUCGAUAUAUGGUAAUAUUUAUUGACAGAUUAAUUAUUUUACGUUGCUUGUCAACAAUAUUUGUUAAUCGGAAGUAUACAAUCUACGUUAUUAUCAUUAUUAUUACUUUUAUUAUUGAACAAAAAAAAAUUUCAUUGAUAAUGUUAGUUAAGAAAAUGAAUGAUUUAAUUAUUCAUAUUAUUUUAUUCUUAGCUACAUUUUAUAUGUUACAAAAAAGAGGGAAUAAGAGAUUUAAAAAAAAAAAACAAAAAAGAAAAAAUACUGAUACAUAAUAAAAAGAGAAGAUAAAGUAUACAUGUAGACUCUAGCCUCGUAAAUAACCAAUGGCUUGUACAAUAAACUGCCGGAAUUGAUAGAAAAAAAACAAACAAAUAAUUAUAAUAAACAACAAUUAUCUCCGUUACCACCAAGUAAUCGAGACAGUUCCUACGGAGUUUGAUUUUAGCAAUUUUUAUAUACAUACAGACAGAGCUUAUUUUCUUCUGGUUUUUUCCUGUCAUUUUUAGCCUUUGAAAAAAAAUUUGAUCAUCCAUAAUAUAAGUUUAUGGAUUUGGGACUUUUUCUUUUUUUUCGUUUUUUAUUUUCUGUAGUUUGGAAUUUAAUAUUCGACAAAGUCGAGCAUAACUAUCUGAAUCGAUUACUUAUUGUUUUUGAUCCAUGGGUCUGUCAGAGAGCAAAUAACCAAAUGAAAAAUAAGAUUCACUCAUGGAAUCGACAUCUGAAGGAUAAGAAAAUAAUGAAAAGUGAACUUGGAUAUUUAAAAUUCUAAUAAAGAAAAUAGCAAACAUUGUUCCGAUAAAAAAUGAACAACUUCGUCAUAAAUAUGGGGUCACGGUUGGAUCUGCGUUUGAAAAUAAAGGUUCAAUUGUGUUUGUUAAAUGCCUUUGUAAUGUAUAAACAUUAACUUCAAGACGUACGAUUUUAUUAUUUGUUCAUACACUUCCAUACAUACAGAUACAGACUGAAUACUUAAUUCAUAUUAAAUCAAAACUCUCCACUAGAUUGCUAAGGGAUAAAAUAAAAGUUAAAGAUAAUAAUAAUAAAAAUAAAGAAAGAAAGAAAAAAAAUAUAUGUAAUAAAGAUGAAGUGUUGUAUACAUUGAAUAUUUCAAUUUUACAUGAUUGCAAUGAUUUUCAUAGUGAGCCGAUAUCAGGAAAAAAAGAAUUGUAAAGAGUCUGAAAUAUAAUUAUUGUAAAAUAUAAAUAUGAAAGCUAA